UUUAUAAUCGCUUUUUUAUUUCCUCUUCUCUUCUCUUCUCUUUGCUUAUGCUUGUUUAAUAGUUUUGAGAAAAGAUAAUAUAAAAAAUGAAUUGCCUCAGACGGGUUACUCUUCGCUUUGUAUCGUCUUCAGCCUCCAUACCUGCAAGGCCAACGUCGAUUGCGCCGGUUUCUCCACUUUCUAUUGCAUCCCGCCAGCUACCUCGCCGUUCAUUCCAGCGCCGAUGGGCCAGCGACGAAGCUCCAAUUCAAUUGAAGCGCGAAGAAAAGGAUACAAGAGCUGCAGCAGAUAAUGAGGAUACCCAAGCAGUGGAAUCUACUACAGAGGUUCUUAAAACGGAAUUCACAGAACCGACAGAGCCGGGGAAUAAUGGGUCAAUUGAGGGGAUCCAGACAGCCGAUUCUGUACUAGACAGCGUCAAGAUUAAUGCAGAUACACCACGGAAUGGCUCGAAAGAGUCAACCAAGCCGGAAAUUGAACCAUACCCCGAAGGAUGGCAGAGCCCCGCUAAGUUUUCUGAACCUCCACCAUGCGAGACAAUCUAUGUUGGGAACCUUUUCUUCGAUGUGACAGCGGAUGAUCUUAGAAAACAGAUGGAGAAAUAUGGAAUUGUUGAGCAGGCUACGAUUGUUCAUGAUACUCGAGGCUUGAGCAAGGGCUUUGGUUAUGUCACCUUUGCCAAUAUCCAAUCUGCAAAGCGCGCGGUACGCGGUAUGCAUUUGAGCAUAUUUGAGGGUCGCCGCCUCUACGUGCAAUUUGCCAUGGAAUCGUUGAAGCAUACCCGGCAGAAGAGUCAGCCCAGCAAGUUGCUGUACAUCGGCAACCUAAUGUACGAAAUGACGGAUCGCGAUUUGUACGAUCUGUUUAGGGAUGUUGAGAAUGUCACUGAUAUCCGGAUAGCGGUUGACCGUCGCACUGGGCAGCUGCGUGGUUUCGCUCAUGCCGAAUUCCUCGAUAUCUACAGCGCCGAGGUCGCAUAUGAGAUCCUGAGCAGAAAGGCCCCGUACGGCAGGAAACUUCACAUUGAAUACAGCCAAAAGAGGACCAAGCGCGGAGGUGGUCAAAUCGGCAGCAGUGAGGAUAUGCAGGUGCUAUAGCGGGACAUAGCUUGAAUUUUACGUGCGAUGUAUAAUACUACUCCGAGUUCUGUGUACCUGGUCGCGCAUCGUAU